GCGUCACAAACAAAGCAGCAGCCAAGAACAUUUGUGAAGAGUAUAUUUUUUUCACAUAUACUCUUCACCUUGACUGAAGUUAUAUUUCAUAUUUGGCAAUGCAGGACAGUGAAGUAACAGCCUCUUCCCCUCCUAUCACCAAUGAUCAAUGUUGUGGUGAUGAUAUACUAAUAUUUUAUCAGAGAAAAAAUGUUGUAAUUUGGGAGUGUUUCGAGUCUGUAUAUAUACCACCUGGGAAGAGUGAAGACGCAGACAGCGACUGCUUAGACUUCUACUACUUUAUUGAGUAUCCAGCAGCAUCAGUGCUUUUCAUCAGAAUAACUUUACUGUAACAUUCAAAUAAGAACAUGGCCAAGGCUGCAGUCAGGAUGCCGUCCCACCCACCGACAGAUCUGUUGAUGGGAUCCCGCCCAACAGGGGAACGGUUCAUGGGAACGCGCCCAAGGGAAUUGUGGGUAGGAUAUGUGAACUACGUGCCCUUGGUGGGCACUUCUGCCAACAUGGUGGACGGCUUCAUUGCGCUGCUCCAAGGAGACCGAAAGACCGCGGAGGCCAAGGGCUAUAAGGACUUCCUGGAUUCAGCUGGAAUCCGUGACCUGAAGCCAGGGUCCAUCCUUCAGAACGCCAAAAGCCAGACAGUAGUCGGGUGCAGUGCCAAAGUAUCCAAAGAUAUAAAUGACUACAUUAUACAAGCAGUAAAACCAGGGGCGAGCGCCACCGUUAAAGUUACUAAGGCAGCCCAGGCAGGUACAAAUCUAUACACAAACCUUUCCACGUCUUUCGAGGCUCUCAGGGAUAAAUUGAAAGAACGUCGUAUAGACUUGCUAAAAGAUGUACAACAGAACCGAAGGUCUACCCGGGGAGAACACGUUUUCAACAACGCCCUGCUUGGGUUAUAUGGGUCGAUAAUUGAUUUGUUCAUUGAAAGGCACGUCACAAACGGUAACAGAGUGACGUUGGUCGACCGUAUCUCAAACAGCAGCGUUAGUGACGCCUUCCAAGGGAACGCCCCAGAUGGCGAACACAUCAACUUGACUGCUGAACAGAGACAAAACAUUAGAACCUGGGUAGUUCACAUUCCGGACAAUGUGGUAUAUAUCCCAAUCAACAACAUUCUGUUUGCAUACAUGACAGACACCAUUAGGCUCAAUGCUGUUGACUACAUGCAUUUAUUUCGUCUGCAUCAAAAUAAUAUGAACGUGUUGCGUAUUCUCGCUCAAUCAGUAGAAUGGAUGCAUAUGCAUCGCGUUUAUCUGGACCCACAGGCCGCGGAAAUUUGGUUUUCUGAAAACCCAAAUCUCAUUCCUCAAUUUCACAUAACUGAAGACGGCGUGCAACGUAUGCUGAGGCACCUCGAUCCCGGGAGGUCAACCCUGUUACAUAAUUUUGUGAAUGACCUGACACGGGCCGCCCAACUGGUGGGUGCACAUUUCCGUUAAUAGAUUUUAUGGGUUAACCACAGGUAAGAAGCCUUAUGCAUUCCUGCUCAUUGUAAAAUUCUUAGUAGCUUACGUUAAAAAAAAAACUUGUUUUAAAUAUGUUUCUUUCAUGGUUUAUUUGUAUCAGCACUAUUUGAUAAAUACAAAUAUAUAUAUAUAUAUUUUAUUUUUUUAAAUCAAACUCUUUAAGCUUGUAAGUAGCCUACAGAUGCUGCAUUGCUUUAUCAUUAUUAUUAUUAUUAUUAUUAUUAUUAUUAUUAUUAUUAUUAGUAGUAGUAGUAGUAGUAGUAGUAGUAGUGAACACUGUGAGUGAAGAUUUAUUUAUUUAUUUUCCAAAACUUAGUUUAAGUUUCAUUUUCAUUUUUAGAUUUUCAAUGUUUUAUAGAAGACAGUGAAACUGUGUCCUUUUAUACUUUUUAAGGUAAUGCAUUUCCUCCUUUCUCAAAAUGCGCGAAAAUGAAGGGGUUUUAUUUUAUCCCGAAAUAUUUUAUUUCGAAAUGUAACCACUGCAUAAUGUUUAAAAUUAAAGAUUAAAAAUGUAUCUUUAAUAAUUUAACUUAAAUGUUUUUUGUUUUUUUUUACUAUUACCAUUGAAAUAAUUGGCAUGUUCUUCUGUAAGAUGUUAAAAUAUCUUUCAACUACUGGUGGAGAAAACGAUGUAAUUGUUUGGGUGUUGGUGACAUCUUGAAGGGUUUCAUUAAAUAAAUGUAAA